UCCAAACGUUUCAGUUUGCAAAAAAAAUAUUCGCUCCUUCUCUUACAUUCGAUUCCCUCGCAUCCCUCUGUUUACAAAUCUUUUCUCCCCGAAUCCAACUAUCAUUCCUCAGAGUUAGGUUCCACUCACCCAACUUUCCUGUGGUUCCAAAAAAUUCUUUCUUUACCUUCCGGUUGAUUCCCUCGUCGCCCAAUUCCUAGUUAAUGAUUAUUCCCUAGUAUUUUAUUUAGUUCGCAUUCUUUGUUCGAUUUGGGGCGCAAUCUGUGGAAUUAGGGGCUUUGGUUUUUGAUCGGAUUUUGGUUCUAUUUUUUAUUUUUCUCUUAUUUUUCCCUCGGUCCGUGGGAUGAAGAUUGAGGAAUUGGAAGACGCAGAAGAUGAUCGGGUCGGCGACGUUUCGGGGAGGCAUAUUGUGAGGGUUGACGCGAAGAGAGCACUGGUUGGAGCUGGGGCUCGGAUCCUGUUUUAUCCGACCCUUUUGUAUAAUGUGCUUCGUAACAAGAUAGAGGCAGAGUUCAGAUGGUGGGACGAAGUUGAUCAGUUUCUGCUGCUGGGUGCAGUUCCAUUCCCCAAAGAUGUUCCUCGCUUGAAGCAGCUUGGCGUUGGUGGCGUUAUCACUCUGAAUGAACCUUAUGAAACUUUGGUUCCGACGGCCUUGUAUCAUUCGCAUGAAAUUGACCACCUAGUAAUUCCCACCAGAGAUUACCUCUUUGCUCCCUCAUUUGUGGAUAUCAACCGAGCUGUGGACUUCAUUCACAAGAAUGCCUUGUGUGGAAUAUCUACCUAUGUUCACUGUAAAGCUGGGCGAGGAAGGAGUACAACCAUUGUUCUAUGCUAUUUGGUGAGAUAUAAGGACAUGACACCUGUUGAUGCCUUGGAAUAUGUGCGGUCUAGAAGACCUCGGGUGCUGCUAGCCCCCUCACAGUGGAAGGCGGUUCAAGAGUACAGCAAGCGCCAACCAUCUACAACGUUUUGCUCUCCUUCAGGGGAUGCAGUUCUGAUAACAAAAGCUGAUCUUGAAGGAUAUCAUGGCAAUUAUGAUGGUAAUGCUGGUUGGCAGCUGGAAAUUGUCCCUAAAGCGAUAAAGGCCCGGCCGAUGAUAGCAAAAUUAACUUGUCUUUUUGCUUCCUUGAAAGUUUCUGGUGGUUGUGGACCAGGUCCCAGGCGGCUGCCAGUGCCAGAGGCACGUGCUUGCUAAGCCUCACACGUCACAUAUAUGUUAAGGAUUUGGUUACUUGUGCAGAAUGGCAUUAUGGAAAUAAUUUUAGAAUUUUAAUCCAUUUGCCACUGCUGCAAUAGUGGUGUUUGAGAGAGAGAGAGAGAAUCAAGAUUGUGUGUAGAGGCAUGGCUUUGUAGUAGCUCUGUGUUUAAGAGAGAGAGAGAGAGAGAGUCAAGAUUGUGUGUAGAGGCAUGACUUUGCAGUAGGUUUGUGUUUAAGAGAGGGAGAGAGAGGGCUAAAAAGACCCCGAGCCAUCGAGAAUAUGUUUGACACGGUGCUGGUGGGUAGGAGUCAUGACCUGCAGUUCCACUUGUACAUAAACCCUUUGUAAUAGUCAAAUUUUCUAAUUUGUUUGUUCACUUUUGCCCGUA